GAAGCACUUUAUCUGCCCUUCCAUUCUACAUGAAAGCUUUGCUGGGUAGAGCCAUCUUGGAGACUUGACGACGUUUCCGUGUAGAGAUGUGAUGAUGGAUCACCAUGUCCCCACCAUCAAACCCCGGAGGAUCCAGAACCAGAACGUCAUCCACCGCCUGGAGCGCCGGCGGAUCAGCUCCGGCCGGGCGGGCACCCACUGGCACCAGGUCCGGGUCUUCCACCAGAACGUCUUCCCCAACUUCACGGUGGUCAACGUGGAGAAGCCUCCCUGCUUCCUGCGCAAGUUCUCGCCCGACGGGCGCUACUUCAUCGCUUUCUCUUCGGACCAGACGUCCCUGGAGAUCUACGAGUACCAGGGCUGCCAGGCGGCCGAGGACCUCCUGCAGGGCUACGCGGGCGAGAUCCUGUCCAACGGCAACGACCAGCGGUCCGUCAACAUCCGCGGCCGGCUCUUCGAGCGGUUCUUCGUCCUGCUGCACAUCACCAACGUGGCGGCCAACGGCGAGCACCUGAACCGCGAGUGCAGCCUGUUCACCGACGACUGCCGCUGCGUCAUCGUGGGCUCGGCCGCCUACCUCCCGGACGAGCCGCACCCGCCCUUCUACGAGGUGUACCGGAACAGCGAGUCCGUGACGCCCAACCCGCGGUCCCCCCUGGAGGACUACUCCCUGCACAUCAUCGACCUGCACACGGGCCGCCUGUGCGACACGCGCACCUUCAAGUGCGACAAGGUGGUCCUGUCGCACAACCAGGGGCUGUACUUGUACAAGAACAUCCUGGCCAUCCUGUCCGUGCAGCAGCAGACCAUCCACGUGUUCCAGGUGACCCCCGAGGGCACCUUCAUCGACGUGAGGACCAUCGGCCGCUUCUGCUACGAGGACGACCUGCUCACCGUGUCCGCUGUCUUCCCCGAGGUCCAGCGGGACAGCCAGACGGGCAUGGCCAACCCGUUCAGGGACCCCUUCAUCAACUCCCUCAAGCACCGGCUGCUCGUGUACCUGUGGCGCCGCGCGGAGCAGGACGGGAGCGCCAUGGCCAAGAGGCGCUUCUUCCAGUAUUUUGACCAGCUGCGGCAGCUGCGCAUGUGGAAGAUGCAGCUGCUGGACGAGAACCACCUGUUCAUCAAGUACACCAGCGAGGACGUGGUCACCCUGAGGGUCACGGACCCGUCGCAGGCGUCUUUCUUUGUGGUGUACAACAUGGUGACCACGGAGGUGAUCGCCGUGUUCGAGAACACGUCGGACGAGCUCCUGGAGCUCUUCGAGAACUUCUGCGACCUCUUCCGCAACGCCACCCUGCACAGCGAAGUCCAGUUUCCCUGCUCCGCGUCCAGCAACAAUUUUGCAAGGCAGAUCCAGCGCCGGUUUAAAGACACCAUCGUCAAUGCCAAGUACGGGGGCCACACCGAGGCCGUGCGCCGCCUGCUGGGCCAGCUCCCCAUCAGCGCCCAGUCCUACAGCGGCAGCCCCUACCUGGACUUGUCGCUCUUCAGCUACGAUGACAAGUGGGUGUCCGUCAUGGAGCGGCCCAAGACCUGCGGCGACCACCCUAUCAGGUUCUAUGCCCGGGACUCUGGCCUGCUCAAGUUUGAGAUCCAGGCAGGCUUGCUGGGCCGCCCCAUCAGCCACACGGUGCGACGCCUCGUUGCCUUUACCUUUCACCCCUUUGAGCCCUUUGCGAUUUCCGUGCAGAGAACUAACGCGGAGUACGUGGUCAACUUCCACAUGCGACACUGCUGCACGUAGACGCCUCCCCAGGGCCGGGCGUUCUGGUCUCCCAGGACGGCUCCCUUCCUGUCCCGUGGACCCUAAAGCAGAGCUCCGGACUGCCAGCUGUAUGGACUCCAGGCUGGCUGGCCCCCCUCAGAGGGGGGAGCUGGGGCGCGGAGUGAGCGUGGCUCAGCCUAAUGGCGUUUUUCGUUGCGUACAAAAACUACUGGUUGGUUUCAGGUCCUCCUGCUUUUUCCCUGUGGGAAGGUCCAGCACUAAUUAAGUUCCUUUACUUUUGGUUUUUAUUUUGUGUUUUAUUGCUAUGAAAAUGAGAGCAUUACACUCUUACCCCCCUUCUUGUCACCUUGGCAAUGCAUUAAGGUAUGCAUUCUGUAGCAGGUACAUCUUGUUUAUUCGUGAGAACCAUGUACGUGUCCUUUCUACUUAGCCAACAAGCAAGACUAUCUUUAUAAGAAAACAAAAAUAAAGUCUUGGUAUUUUCUUACUUAUGUA